CAUCAAUCGCGGGUUUCUGGGUGGGCUGCGUUUCGAUUUCUCUUUCUCUGCUCUCACUUUUCCUUCUGCCGAUGGCUCGAUCAUUGCUGAAUUUGCCGUCUGGGGCGCAAGUGCUUUCUUGACAGCCUUUCAGUUGAGAAGAAGAGGGCGAGUCUUAGAGGAAGAGCCACCUCUUGAGCACGACUAACUGAAUCCUACGUACUGUAGCGGGUUUCCACCUCGCCGUGCUUUGCGGUGUUCCCAACUCUCGUUUUCUCUCGCUACAUCCUUUCGUUCUAGCAGCGUUGCUGCCCUGUUUGUACCCGUGCAUCUCAUCGAGCAGCACCAGGCUCCUGAGUCACUACCAACCCACAUCGCCGCCUGGCCCACGUUAUGGAAGUGCAGGUGGACACUAUGCCGAUCAACCAGAGUUCCAAGAAACGCAAGAGCCUCUUCAGUGGCGCUUCACCCAUCGCACCGCGCGUAUCUGCAUGCGGACCAUUGCGCACGCCCGUGGCCACACCGCCGAUGUCCGACGCUUCAUCCUCGUCAUCGGACAGCGUCAACCUGUCAGCAGCGUUAACCGCGCUCAAGGUGUCGCUCAAGCGCGACUUGGAGAGUUUCGCUCCUCCCACACCUGCAGUGUCGCCAGUCCACGGCCGUGGCUCGGCCAAGCGCGCUCGCUUCGACUUCGAAUCCAUCGAGGAGGAGUCGGAAGUAGACGCUGAGAAGCAGCAGCGAGUCAAGACUCCCACAGCAUCUCCACCCAAGACUGUGAACGCGCUGCUGGCCGUCAGCAGCCGCAUCAAGUUCGAGCUAGAGAAGCGUCGCCGUCGUGAACGUGAGCGCGCACAGAAGCCCCGUAGAAGAAAACAGCUGAGUUACUUCGCCAUCGUCGGUGCCUUUCAACGCGCGGCGCACGAGCGCGAAGUCGCCGUGCAGGUCGAGUGCGUCGUAGAGGCGUCGACGGAUUAACAACACAUCGUCGAGCACCAGCAGCUGGCAGUCCGACCUACUCGCCGGACGGAGACACUUCUGUCAUUCCCCCCUGUGGCGUCGAGCAUUUUGAGCUAUCUAUUCGAGCCACGUCGUCUUGUGCAAAUAACUAUCGUACCAAUACAGAAAUAUUCCAUACUUGUAUGUUCCUACCUCU